AUGAAACUAGGCAACUACGAUAACCUGCCAAUCAUCAACGUUACCAAGAACAUAAUCUGGCUCCUGCUUGGCUUUCUAGCUCUGGACGGCUUGGUUUUACUGAACUUCAUCAUUUUAUAUCUAACCUACAUGUUUCUUCGUGCAAGCAAAAGGAAACAAAGGCUUCAACUUAAAGACAGCACCUUGGGGCCAAAUCUUAACCAUUCACAUACAAAGAGCUCGAAGAAGCUGCUAAAAGAUUCAACGAAGAGCUCGAAAGAGGCAUGUGGCACUAUUUAUAGAGGAUAUUUCGGUCUUAAGCUCACCAGGUCCCCCUACCUAGCCGUUAAUAAGCUACGCGACUUUCAAUUAGAGAUUGAAAAGGAAUUUGCUAACGAGUUAAAGUCUAUUUGCCAAACUCAUCAUAAGAACCUCACGAGGACAAACACAUGGAUAAGGGGAACGAAAGUUUAUGAUGCACCAGAAUGGUUCAGGAACUCGGGGAUAAAUGCCAAGGUUGAUGUUUAUUGUUUUGGGGUGAUGGUUUUGGAGAUAUUGUUUUGUAGGAGAAAUGUGGAGAAGGAUAUAGAUGAGAAAGUGCUGCUUAUUUUUUGGGUAAGUGAUUGUUAUGAUGAUGGGCAGAUUGAUGCUCUUGUAGAGGGAGAUGAGGAGGCCAUGGAAGAUAUGGGGAGGUUGCAGAGGUUUGUGAUGGUGGCUUUGUGGUGCGUGUAA